GCGCUACCUGCGCAGUGUCAACAGGGGGGCAAGCGAACGGGCGGCAGUCGAUCCUACGAUCCGACAGACACGCUCGUCCCGGGCUGUCUCACGUUUUUUUAUUAAAAAUAUUCCACGAAUAUCAAAGUUAAAGUAAUACAGUGACGCGUUUCAAGUACUCUAGUGUUGUUAAACCGCGCGAAGUGAAAUCUUGAAAAAUCUGUGGACAAAUACGGUAUUCAAAUUAGGAACGUUCAUCGACACCGUUCGAAGCUUGUUCUUUCCAUAGAGUUAGCGACUGGACUCUUAGAUUUGGUGUGGCUAUGUGAUGUGAGUUAAUUCUAGAUUUUCACCUACAGCGGAAACAGCUUACGUAGACGGCUAGCGGUAAAACGUCGUCCGCGCCGCACGCUAGUUCUUGUUUCAUGUUGAGUAACCGUCAGGUUUCUAAAAAGUGCUUUCGAGCGAACAUACAGCAGCGUAUACGUGAAUUUUCGGUGGUUCGCCCACUGUAGUCCCGUUAGAAAGUGUGUGGCACUCUGUGGACUGUUUGUUGAUGAGUAGUGGGCAGGACAAGUGCUGAGGGUUGUGGAGUAGUGGCGGGCGUGUUGUUGUGCGGUGGUGUAUCAGUGCAUGGCGCGAUGAUCAGCGGCGGCUGGGUGUGCGCGCUGCACGUGCGUACGGCGGGCCUCGGCGGCGCCGCGCUGGGCUCCGACGAAGAGGAGAUCGUGUACCUCGCCUAUGUUGUUAUUGAUGUGCUCACGAAUCAGAUAAUUGGAGAACGAGAAUAUGCUGUCAGACCGACGAGGAGGCCGUCAGAGGAACUACAGACUGGACAACCCUUAGAAGUUAUAGUACAACAGUUCGAUGAGUUCGUGAGAUCGCUACAAGUGGACCCUCACUCACCUCUCUUCAGGCUAGUGACAGACGGACAACCACCUUUGAGACAAUGUCUCCACCCGGAAGCGUGCAGCAAGGACCUCACACUGCCGACGUAUUACGCGCGUUUCCACGACAUCCGCAAGGAAUACGUACGCGCGUAUACGCUGCGUGCCGUCAACGGUGCGCGCGCGGUGCCGCCGCCGCCGCCGCCGCCCGACCACCCCGGCUCACUGUUAGAUAUGCUCAACUAUUUAGGAAUAAGUCCGUACAGCGGAGACAACUUCUACGCUGCCGAAGUGAAAGACAUGGCCAGCAUUAUUCAGAGGAUAAUCACUGAUGGUUUCCGGUUAGAGUUGCCCGAGACUGUCGAUUUAGUUUUAGAAACUGGUAUUUGCUCAAAAGACGAUGAAAUAGAUGGUAACUGCAUAGUGCGCGCCCGUGGUCUGCCCUGGCAGUCUUCCGACCAAGACAUCGCCAAGUUCUUCAGAGGUCUCAAUGUUGCAAAGGGUGGAGUAGCUCUGUGCCUCUCGCCUCAAGGGAGACGUAACGGCGAAGCGCUGGUGCGGUUCGUGUCUCAGGAACACAGGGACAUGGCGCUCAAACGACAUAAGCACCAUAUCGGCUCACGGUACAUUGAGGUGUACCGUGCAAGUGGCGAGGAUUUCCUGUCAGUGGCAGGGGGCGCCACGUGCGAGGCUGCUGCCUUCUUAUCCCGAGGAGCUCAGGUCAUCGUGCGGAUGAGAGGACUGCCCUACGAUGCUACACCUCAACAAGUUCUGGACUUUUUCUCAACGGGCGAGAACCCGGUGAUGGUGCUGGAUGGAGCGGAAGGAGUAUUGUUCGUGCGUCGAGCUGAUGGCAGGGCCACUGGCGAUGCCUUCGUGCUCUUUGCUAAAGAGGACGACGCGCCCAAGGCCUUGUCUCGACAUCGCAAGUCCAUAGGAGCCCGGUACAUCGAGCUGUUCCGGUCUACAACUGCUGAAGUUCAACAGGUUUUAAAUAGGUCCCUGGAGACCCGUACGAGUCAGUCCAGCACGCCUUCCACGGCCCCCACUCCUGCCGAAGGUCUCCUGCCUGUAGCCCUAGUGCCACAGCAUGUCAUCACAUCUGGAACUGCCAAGGACUGCGUCCGACUAAGGGGCUUGCCUUAUGAGGCCCAAGUGGAACACAUACUGACAUUCUUGGACGAGUUCGCCAAGAACAUAGUGGUGCAAGGCGUGCACAUGGUAUACAAUGCUCAGGGUCACCCCAGCGGCGAAGCAUUCAUCCAGAUGGACAGCGAAGCGAGCGCCUUCCUGUGCGCGCAGCAGAAACACCAUCGAUACAUGACCUUCGGCAAAAAGCAGCGGUACAUUGAGGUGUUCCAGUGCUCCGGCGACGACAUGAACCUGGUGCUGACGGGCGGCGUGACGCCGGCGACGUCCCCGAAGGUGCUGUCUCCCGCUCCGCUGACGUACUACUACCCGGCGAUGGGCCCCACGCUGCCACCCCCACCACUGGUCUACUGGGGUUACCCCACGCCCCCAGUCUCUCCUGCACACUAUUACCAUCCUCCACAUCACCCUCAGACUAUGAUUCCCGAAGUAGUGUCGGUGGGGGGUGGAUCCCCAAUCCCCAUUCCACCACCAGCCGCCUGCCCAGAGUGGCCAAUAUUCAUGGUCAACUGAAGCAACGAAUAACGCUCAAGGCAAUUAUAACAUUUAAUAUAAUAUACUUAUAAUAUUUAUCAUAGUUAUAGAAAAUUUUAAUAAUUAUCUAUAUAGAGACUAGAGUAUUCGAAAUUUAAUGUAUGUAUUGUAUAUUUUAAUAUUAUAUGAACGAGUUUUAUUUGUUGACCUGUAAUAAGUAUUGUUUUGUAGAUUUUAUUGGUAUUUUUUUCAGAAAAUCUUUCAGUUUUGUACCUAAUUACUAAAAAUCUAUUUUUGACCUAAAACAAUUCAAAUAUUUUUUACGUAUAUGGCGUAUGUUUUAAAAGUAUAAAAUUAUGAUUUUAAACGAAAACAAGUGAAACUCUUUCAUAACAUUGUACAAACAAGUAUUUCGAAUAUAUUUAUUUAUGUAUUUAUAACUAAACUCUCCUUUUAUCAUAUUAACAUCACUAGUAAAACUGUCAAAAUAGCUCAACAACUUUAGAGUGAUAUUUAGGUAGAUUUUAUAAUAUAAUAUUCAGAAGUUAUAAUAUAUAAAAUAGGCACUUAUAAUUUAUACUUAUAAAACCUUGUUGCAACACUUAUAUUUUGUUAAAAAACUUAAAUAUGAUCUACUUAUUGUUGAUCUUACAGAUAUUCUAGCGAAUCUUAGUUUAAAUAAUAGAAAAUAAAAAUAAUAUUUUUGUUUUUAGAUUUUAAUUAGAGAAAGAAAUAAGAGUUUUUAAGUUAUUAUAUUAUAGUUUAUAUAAAAAUAUUGAAAAUGAUGCCUUGUUUUAUGGGUUUCUUAUGAACACUAUAAAAGGGCCAAAAUAACUCUAGGAAAGUUCCUCUUCAUAGCUUCGAAAUCUAUCUGAUAUUUAUUGCUGAAACUCAUAAUUUAUACACAGCAGAGAAGACACAAUUAAACAUUUUCUGAUUAUUCUCACAAAAAGACAUAAAUAUUUAGUCUAUUUAUAGAAGGAAUACCAAAAGAAUGUACUUACUUCUACAAAUCUUUCUCAUAGUUUCACAUCUACAAUAUGUAAAAAAAUGAAUUAUAGAAUGUGUUGCUAAGCGUAAAUCUCGAGAACAGCUGAACAGAUUACGAUAAUUAUUUUAAUGUAGGAUAAAAAUAAAAAAGUGCGAAGUAAAAUUUUCCAACGCGAAACAAAGAUCUCGAGGUCCGCUAGUUUAAACUAGCGGACGUCGCGGACACGCAGACGAGUUAUACUUAAAUAUAUUGUUUUUCUGGUCUUUUCCUGCUGUGUAAUCAUAAACAACGAAUGUACCACAGUGAUAUAAAGGUGCUGUUUAGUUAUCGUUUGUAUAAAUUAAACCAAAUAUAUUAUUUUAUUGAGUUCAUGUUAACUUAGAUUAAGUCGACGCUCAAUUAGUGAAUAGUAAUAAUAAUUAGUUUUAAUUCGAACCAGAAAUAUGCCAUAAUUUGUAAGAAUAACCCCUUAAUAUUUAACAAAAAUAAAACUUUGGAGCUGAUAUUAUUUUUAAUACAUUUUAUUCUAAACUGACAUUGGUUUUUUAAUGUUAUUUAAAAUAAUGCUGCUCUUAAAGUUCUCUUUUGCUCAUUCAGAUAAAUAUAGAAUUUAAAAGUAAUUUUAUUUUUAUGUUGGAAUGAUUUUACUAAAAUUUUAGUCAAGCCAAAAUUGACUGUAAUCAUUAUUCAAUAUAGGACGAGGUAAAUUUAAAUAAAUAUGACUUAAAAUAUUCUCUUCGUGUUCCUGACUUUUCAAGAAGAGGGUGUAAGAUGUAUUUAUUUAAUAAAUCUCCAAUUAUUUAGUUAUAAGUUAAUUUUAUUUACAUAUGAAUGUCACAGGCCAGUAGAAUUAAAAAUUAUAAAUUCUAUUUGACGGAACAUCACUGAAUUUUAUCGAUAUUUUUGCUCGAUUUUUAUGAAGCUCGAAGUUGCUCAAAAUGUGAAUUAGAUUUUUAGUUCAAUAAUAGUCUCGAAGUUUAUUUAGUAGUUGAUAAGAUUAAGCGACAAGAGUACUUAAUAAAUAUGUGGGCAAACAAUAUCUUUUCAUAUACCUAUAUAAAAAUAUAUUUAUAUACGACAUCAUUAUAACAUAUAAUUCCAAAGUUUAUAUAUAAAAUAAAAACUUAUAGAAUUCAGAGUAUACGACUUAUAAAAUAUAUAAAUUAAAUUUGAUUACUAAAAUGUUAGGCUGCAUUAUUAUAAAUAUUUUGUUGUUUUUGUUAGCCCCAGAGCUUCUACAGGAAGUUACUGAAUAUUAAAUAAAUACUUUUAACUAAAUACUACGUUACAUGAGCUAUAAGAAAAUUAUAUUUCAAUAAUAUUUGGCUCAAAAAUAAAUAUUUAUAUUCGUAUAAAUAAUAAUAUAACAUAAAAAUGUGAAAAAAAAUCAUUCAUUCAAAAAUUUUCGUUUGAAGUAUAAUUUCUUAUUGAUCGUUUUUAAUUUUAUUUUAUAGUUAUUUUAAGUUAAAUAUAUUAUUGGCAUAAUAUAAAAAUAGUUAAUAAUUCGUACCUAUUUGUAGAGUACGGGAUUAAACAACAAAAUCAAACGUGUCUUCCACAUUGUAAAAUAUUUAUUUUAUAAGUCACAAAUUAUUGUGAUAAGUUGAGUAGUAUAGAGUAAUAUAUAACAUAUAAGUUUAAAUAUUAUAAUUAUGUUACAAAUGUAUAGUUUGUUGAUAGAUUUAAUAUAAAAAUAAACUUAUUUUUAUGUUUUUAAAUGCAGGUGUUGCUAAUGUUUUAAUAAUUCGCCUCACUGAAAAUAUUUAAACAAAAGAUGUAUAAACUUCAAAUUAUGUAUCGUAUCUCUGCUGCAAUAAUUAGGUUAUCACAUCAAUAACGCUUCAAAUUACUGGAUAAUUUAAAUGUUAUAAAAACCAAAUAGCCAUUAUUGUUGGAACACCUGUAUUAUUAGAUAUUUUAACACAAUCUCCUUUAGUAUAAGUGUUAAUAAUCAUGUCCAUGACACCACAAUAAAUUAUAGAUUUAUUCUUAUUAUGUUGAAUGAACGUCUAACUUUAUUUUAAAUUUCGACUCGACAUACAUUUCUGAGCGUGCUUUUCCACCAGAAAUGUGCUAUGCAACGUUGCUGUGGAUGCGUUUGGCUUCCGCCAAUCAUAUUCAUUGGUACACAUAGUAUAUGAUAUAAGCUAUGUUUUUUAUAUGGAAAGAAGUUGUUACUAUAGUUACAUCGCAUACUCGAGCUGCGCAUCUUCCUCGCACAGCUACAUAGAUUAGUAUCGGUGGAAAUGAUCACAUAGUUUCACAGCCUAGCUAUUACAUCUUCGUAGCAUAGCUACAUAGUACAUCUUUGGUGGAAAAGUACUCUAAUGUUUUCAAAUUGAUAUUAUAUUUUUCUGUAGACAUACUUCUUUAAAUUUUGCCAAUAUAAGAGCUGACUUUAUAAUAAAUAAUCAAAUGUACCUAUUAAACUUAUAAUACCUAUGUAAUAGACCAAAUUUUCUUAGAUAUUAGGUACAAGAAUAAGCGCUAAACCAAUCUCUAGUACAAUUUAGUAUUCUUGCCGAGAAACCUAAUACAGGAGUAAUUUUGUUUGUCUAUAUAUUUUACUAGCUUUCCGCCCGCGGCUUCGCCCACGUGUAAUUCGGUUAUAUAUAUCGUUUUUUAAUGAUCUCGACAGGGCUUUUUCUUCCACAGGCUGAAAUCUUUUUUUUAAGGAUGGGAAAUCAUCAAAUGACCUCCCCGCUCUGGGUGAAACGGAAGGGAGUGUCAGAUUUUUACUGACUAAAACCCCCAGUUCCUUCAGUUGCCCUUUGCGUUCCGGGUCCACGGUAUCUCGUUAGAACUUUCCCGCAGCCCCGGCUCAGUUUAUCCCGUUUCCCCCCUUGGGGGUUGACAUUUCAAAAAUCCCUUCUUAGUGCUCACUUAUGUUACUAAAGGAACCUCUGUUCAAAAUCUCAGACUCCUAUACCGAGCGGUUUCGGCUGUGCGUUAAUAAAUCAGUCACCCAAUCGCACCCCUAAAUCACGAUUGGGGGUAGUUUGAAAAAACUUAUAAUGUCAAACAUAUUUACUUGCCUAUGUACGUGUUCAUGCCAAGUUUCAAGUUUAUAAACCCAAGGAAUAAGAUUUUACAUAGAAACGUUUUUACCCCUUUUCCCCCCUUGGGGGUUGAAUUUCCAAAAAUCCUUUCUUAGUGCUCCCCUACAUAUCCCAAGGAACCUACAUUCCAAAUUUCAUCUGUCUACGACCAGUAGUUUCGACUGUGCGUUGUCUGUCAGUCAGUCACUCAGUAACGGAAGAGUUUUAUAUAUAUAGAUAGUUAAUUUUUCUAUACAACUCUUUUUAUUACAACCAAUAUAAACUAUUUAAUUCCUAUAGAAAAUAUUUAAAAAUCGUUGUUUUGCAUAGAAAAGAUUUUUAUAUAAAUUCUGUAUAAUAAUAUUCGUGUUAUAUUUAUACAAUAAUAUUAUACAACAUAUAAGUUUAAAAGAUAAAUAUAAACACAAAAAUAUUUUAUGAUAACUUAUACUUUAAUAGACGAGUAUUUAUUUUGUUACUUUUAUAUUUUCCACGUUUUUAUAUUAUUGUCUGGCUACCAGUGAUAUUCAAGUUCGAGUGAUCUUUGAUAAUUUUAUUUUAAAAAUUGUUACCCUCUGCGUUUUUCUUUAUAGGUCUGUUAUUAAUAAUUAUCUGUUAAAAUAGAAGUAGUGUUACAUUUAGUAGUAGUCAUUAUUAGAUGUGCAAUUUUAGUAAAUAGACAUUUUUUUCGAUAUUUAAUGCCAAAAUAACUGUUUGGUUUCAUAUCAUACAAAGUAGUGAAUUGUUCCGAUAAAUAAAUAUAGACAAAUUA